AUGGCAGACUUCGAUGAACAGAUUACUGAAGAAGAGAAGGUCCGCAUUGCAGCCAGCUUCGUCCUUCAUGCUCCUCCUGGAGAAUUUAAUGAAGUCUUUAAUGAUGUGCGGCUACUGCUCAACAAUGAUGCUUUACUCAGGGAAGGUGCGGCACAUGCCUUUGCCCAGUAUAACAUGGAUCAGUUUACCCCUGUCAAACUUGAAGGAUACAAUGAUCAGGUUUUGAUCACAGAGCAUGGAGACCUUGGCAACGGUCGCUUCUUCGACCCUCGCAACAAGGUGUCAUUCAAGUUUGACCACCUGCGUAAGGAGGCACGGGAUGUCCAGACGCAUGAGGGCGAGUCGACACUGCAGACACUGAGAGAUGCCUGUGACAACGCUCUCAAAGCCUAUGUCAAAGAGCACUACCCCAGCGGCGUCUGCACGGUGUACGGCAAAACCAUUGAUGGGCAGCAGACUAUCAUUGCCUGUAUUGAGAGUCAUCAAUUUCAAGCCAAAAACUUUUGGAACGGACGCUGCCGCUCAGAGUGGAAGCUUUCUAUGUCUCCUUCCACAGCUCAGGUGGUGGGUGUGCUGAAGAUCCAGGUGCAUUACUAUGAGGAUGGUAACGUACAGCUGGUUAGCCACAAGGAUGUGGAGGACUCCCUUCUUGUGUCUAGUGAAACCCAGACUGCUAAGGAGUUUGUCAAAAUCAUUGAAAAUGCAGAAAAUGAAUACCAGACGGCCAUCAGUGAAAACUACCAGACUAUGUCCGACACCACCUUCAAAGCCUUACGCCGACAGCUGCCCGUCACACGCACAAAAAUCGACUGGAACAAGAUCCUCAGCUACAGGAUCGGCAAGGAGAUGCAGAGCGCCUAGCUCAGACACAGGGCUGUGAACCCCUCACAGCCAAAGAGAGAGAGACUGUCUGAGAGGCCAAGCUGUUCAUGUUCCCUGUGAGAAAUGUGCUAUCAAUGUGUCUGUUCUCUUUUCAGUUGUAAGAAAGCCACGGUUCGUUCCUUUUUCAGCGAGGACAAAAAGCUGUUCUCUUUUCAGUUGUAAGAAAGCCACGGUUCGUCCCUUUUUCAGUGAGGACAAAAAGCUGCUCUCUGCUCCUCACGCCGUUUGGCAGCACCUUCGCUCAGCUCAAUCGGUUUUUAAAGCCACAUCCAUGGUGGCUCCAUGAAUAACUCCACUGGAAGGGAUAGAAAUUAUCACAUCGUAAUUUUUUACAUUUCUCUAUUCACUGUCAAAAGAUGAUUCGCACGAUUUGCUAGGGAAAAAAAUCCCAUCAUAGUCAUCGGUCAGUUUGUGUUGAAGCUGUGUGUUGAGUGUGAAUAUGGUUGAUGAGUGCUACGUUUUUGUCUGUUUGUUUUUUACUGCUCAGCCUUUGUUUGUUUGUUUGUUUUUUUAAUAACAUGCCCAACAUGACUCAGUCCUCCUUACAUUUGACAUCUCAACAUUACACAGUGUUUUUCUAUCCUUUGCCUUUAACAGUCAAAUGACCCAAUACCUGUCUGCUCUGCCUCAGACUGAACAUAUACACAGUGACUGGUUCAUGAAAAACUGUGAACUCUUCCUGUGAUUGUUUACUGCCUGUGAUUCAGUUUUGUUGUUUAGAUGUGCCAAGCCCUCCAUUUUCAUUUGCACAUCAGCUUGAGGUAUAAAAUGAUUCAGGGGUUUUUUUGUUUGUUUGUUUUUUGUUUUUGUUUUUCCCCACAAAAGUUUGUUUCUUACUGAGUGCCAGCCUGCACAUCCCUGGUAAUGUUUGCACAGAUCUGUGUGAGUGUAGCAUGGCUGGAGUGCCUGGGGUUCAGAUCAGACCCAUCCUGCCUAGAACUGUACUGACUCAGGAGUCAGUGGGCAGCAGGUUUGAGAUGACAGACAUACAGUUUGGAGAGAUCUAACUUUCCUUUUACAAAAUAUUGAUUUGUUGCCUUCCUCUGGUUUUCAGUCAUGUAUUUUUGCCAUUCCAAAAACUUUGUUGCAAGUACCCCUUUCCCUAGCUCUAAUUGUUAAUUAUUUUUACCAAAAGAACAGACGUGUAUCAUUC